GAGGCCAACACGUCGCCGUCAAUUUUCACGAUUUUACCUGAAAAAAGCAAUUUUCUCAAAAUUUCUUUCCGGUAACCGAGCAGUGCACGAUCGCUGGACCUACUGUGAAAAUCUCGCGAAAAUUCGAGCAUCCCAACCCGGUGAAAUCGCACGGUGAAUCCCGAAAUAUUUUAACAUUAAUCUGUGUAUGUAGGCGAUGCGACGUUGUCGGCUAUCGCGCUCCUAAACCUUGCCGCUAUACGGAUUUUUAACGCGAUGUCGCUUACCGUGACGUAGCGGCAACGCCACCCGAGAGUGAAGUUCGAGACAGUUGAAUGCGCAACUUGGAGAUCUAAUUAAUUGUUAAGAUGGAGUGCAACCGAAGAAAGCCUUUGGUGAAAAACCUUAACGACUUCUUAACAUGUAAGCUGUGUCAUGGCUACCUGAUAGAUGCGACUGUUCUCGUUGAUUGCCUUCACACAUUUUGUCGAGCGUGCAUCUUACGUCAUUUUGAAAACAGCAAGACGCAAACGCAAUGCCCAGUAUGUCCGACUUUUUACAAGAAGAAAAGUCAAUGUUUUCGUGCGGAUCCCACAACUCAAGCCCUCGUUUACAAAGCGGUACCUUCCUUAUAUACUAAGGAAAUGCAACGGAGGGAAGACUUUUACAGGAGCACGGGCAUGAGGGCAGGAAGCUCUUGUAGCGACGACAGCGUCAUUGAUCGGGAAAGGGAUAUGAUGCACGAAUCGGAAGAAAUGAUCUCACAAUGUCUCGGUGACAGGACUCAGUACCUUAGCAUAGACGACUCAAUAUCUUUAUCACUCGAGUACUACCAAGCACACCUGGAUAAUACUCCCACUGAAGAAAAACCAGCACGACCUAGUGAAACUAACGCUAACCUAAGUGACUCUCUUACAACAACCUCUGCAGCUCCAACAGUGUCAACUCAAAGUAAUACUAAAGACUCAAAAUGUGAAAGUGAUAAAACGGACCCUAGUAAUGAACAGAUUUGUAGUGAUGGUAAAAGUAGUGAAAAGCAGAGGAUUUGUGAUAAGAGGUAUUUGCAGUGUCCUGCUGGUGUUAAUAUGAAACACUUGCAGAAGUUUGUUAGGAUGAAGUAUGGAUUGACAAAUGAUCAUAGGGUGGACAUUAUUUACAAAGGCGAAGUACUACGAAAUGACUUUAGCCUCGUGGAUGUGGCGUACACUUUUAACUGGGAAAAGAAAAAACCAAUGCGGUUCUUCUACCGUAUAUUCAGCCCCUUGAAAAUCAGACCCAUAAAGAUCGUCAACACCCCCACUCCGACUGGCGAAAAACAACUACAAAUCGUUCCCGUUACAACAAAUAAUCAUUUGGCUGCUAAAAGUCCGCGAUCCGAACAAGCAUCGGCCAGUACAAAACCCCCAAAAUCACCCCGAGUGGAAGUACCAUCCUCGAACGAAUCCAAAGAAGCGGAUCAUGUUUUUUCCGGCAGAGAAGAGACUGAAAGGGAGCAGCAAGAUAAAGAAAUCCUGCUCGCUCAUCUGCAGUUGCAAAGUAAAACUAAAGCACUGCAACAGGCCGAAGCGAAAAAGUUGCAGCAGCAACAGAAGCUUCAGCAGCAGCAGACUUUGCAGCUAUCGCCCAAAUCGCUGCCCGCUAAAAUGAUUAAAGAUUGCGUUUAUCAUUAUGAGCAACCGGAUCAAGAAGAAAUAAAACGAUUUGCGGAGAAAAGAGACCGGGAGUGGGCGCUGCAAAAGAAACUGGAAGAAGAAACUAAACCGGAGAAAGAUAUGUAUUUCUCCAGUAGGGAUGGUUAUACUAGCAAGAAGCGUAAAAAGAGCAAGCAUUCAAAAAACGAAUCUAACGGGCAUAAAGAGAAAAAGCGAAAAAUACACGCGGACAAAAUCCAUGCGGAAAUAACAAAUAAUGACAAGUCUGAUUUGAAGCUGAAAGUCAAAAUAACUUCUAACGGGCACAAGAUUAAACACCAUAAAAUUGAGAAUAUUAGUGAACUAAGUCAUAAAGAGAAGCUGUUGCAAAUGAGGCAAGUGAGACAUAAGCCUUUAUCAGGUUCAUCGGGUGACGAACGAAGCCAACCAGCUAUCCCACCACUUAAAGUCCCUAAGACCUAUGUAACUGAUCCCGAUGAACCUCAAACAAAGAGAAAAAAGGAAGUUUUAAGUGGGUAUGACAGCCCUAAACAAUACACUGAUAACAAUAAUAUACCAUUAGAAUCUCAUCAACCCAAACCCAGAAUCGAACCAAUGAUCAUUAAACAACUACCCUCAGCAAAUGAUCAAAAAGUUAUUCCAAGUGUGUCGAGACCUCCUCCACAUGCACUUUCUUCCGGUAAAGUUGCCCGAAAAGAAGCAUCCGUAAGGCCGGUCCCUUUUGAUCAAAACGUAUUAUCAAAACAGACAUUUCUUAAGGCAGCUGCUGCUCAUGCCGACAAAUACGCCAAAGAUCAGAAAAUCAGCCAGGGCAAGGUGGAAGGCGUUAAAAAUACAGGAUCAAUGAGUAAUAAGGUGCUUCCGAUUGGAAGCAUUACUACUAAUAAUAAGAGUUUGGACAGGAAGAUAGCUAGUUUGCAACAAAGAUGUACCAUUGAACCGAAAAAUCCUCCUAACAGAACUGAAAAUGGUAAAACUGAAAAAAAUAAAGUGAUGACGCCUCAGUAUCCUCCAGGUUUUACUGUUAGUAAAAUCGAAAAUGGUGUUAAAAGAAAAGUAGAAGAUAGUGAACAAGAUAAGCGACCUAGUCUGGAAAUAACUCUUAUUCCACCAGCAGUUACGACCCCUCCAAUUACUAAACCAGCAGAAGUUAAGCCCGCAGUAAAAAGACCUUUACCUGGCACUAUUCCUUUAGAAAAAAUUAAAAAUUCUGUAAAUAUGAAAUCUGGCAUAAGCAUUAUAAAAAUGUCAGAGAGAACUGAUAACAAUAUGGUCCUUGAUUUAUCUAAGUCUGGAAAAUCUCCUGAAGCUUCUUCCAGAGCGUCACCGAAAACAGAACCGAUUAAUGGAUUAAGUUCAAUGGUAAAUAGACAAGUAGGUAAUAUGACUCCAAGACCCAUGGGGUCUCCUAACCGAACUACUCCAGAAACCAAAAAUAUGCAACUUUCCAACUUACAAAUGCUCUCCAAAGUAGCUACAGAACAUCCUUCCUUAAAUAAAAUGCCUCCAAAUAAUAUAAGCAAAGGUAGACCACAUUUACCAAGCCUGCAUUCAAUCAGCAAAAUGCAAACUAGUUUAUCAACAUCCCCUAAUACCAUAAGGCCUCCAGGGCUCCAAAGAAUACCUCCUAAGUUGACUGAUAUUCAAAAGUUCAGACCCAUGAAUCCCCAAAUAAGAAGCAUAAGGCCGCAUCAGAAUCAAAAUAUCAGGAAUAUACCUAAUCCUAGUAUGGUCCUCAAUAGGCAUCAAGGAAUAAAUCAAAAUAAAUCAGGAAAUUCUGUUUUGGAGAAGAAAAUUGCUUCUCCUAAGACUUCUCCAGUUCCAGUUACUUCUAGCACCAACGGUCCAGUUGCAAAGGACUUACCUUUAAUGAAACCAACUGCUAUGGAGCAACCAUUUGAUUCUAAAGAGAUUUCUGUGUAGAUAAUUCUGACAUUAUGGAUUAUAAAAUAAUGUAAGCACUGUGUGCUAAAUAUAUAAAAAUAUGUGAUAACAAAAGUAGAUGAAAAUUAUUUAAGACAAUGUGUAUUGGUCAUGUACUUUUUCUAAUUAAUCAUCGUAAUACUAUAAAUGGUAUAACUAGUUUUAAGAUAGUGUGCAAAUAUAUUAUUUCAUAAAGGCAUUUUUAAGUUCCUGAUUUGUUUAUUUACAUCUAUAAGACUUACUUACAAUUGUCGAUGUUUUUAUCUUACUGAUUAUUAUUGUUAAUGUUAUUUUAAUUUGUUUAUAAUAUAUUUGUUGUAUAUUUUGUUAAUUUAUAUGUCUAAUUUUUUAGCUUUUUUUGUUCUGAUAACAAUACCUCAUCUGUUAUUUUUAGACUGUAUAUAGUAGAAUCUUUUUGUAGAUGUGAUUGUUGUAAAUAUAGUAUUUUACAUAAAUAAGCUGAUAAAGAUAAUUUGUAGCUAUAUUGUAAAUAAAACUGAUAGGUAUACCCAGUGAAAAAUAUUGUAAUAUUUAUAAGUCUUAAAAGAAGUAGAUCCAGUUACUGGAAACAUGAACUAUUAUAUUUUGCUAAAGUAGAUACACGCGACUUAGUGUCUGUAAAUGAUUAGGUUACAGUAUAAUAAUAUGUCAGCAGUGUAAUUUUGUGUAGUGUAAUGAUUAGUAGCCAUUAUUAAUAAAAUGCAUAAAAAUUAAAAAAAA